ACUUUUUAUUGUCCUUUUUGUUGCUGAGUGGAGUGUCUGACUUCCAUGAAAAUCUGGUCCCUGCAAAGACUAUACAAGCCUGCACCAUUUCUUUCUGUGUAGUUUCUCAACUGCAUGCUGACUUGUCUUUCCAUGGAUCCAGUUUGAACUACAAAUCUAAGAGUCCAUAACUACAAUGGCAGAUCAUGAAAAUUCUGGUGAUGGCUUACCAUCUAUUGUGACAACUACAGUAGGAUCUAUUAGUUCUGUUUUAUUUUCAAUUUCUGCUAAUAAAUCGGAAGAGCAAAAUGUCACAACACCAACUGAAACUGAGGUUACUGUAAUAGAAAGUACUUCUACCACAGAACCGAAUGGGGAUGUGUCUAUUUUAUAUAAUUCUGUGAUAAUUGGAGUUCCUAUAGUGCUGGUCCUAAUCCUCUUGAUUAUCCUGGUCAUCUUUAUUGUAAGACGUCACAAACAGAAACAAAGCCAAGAAGAUGAGCUAGGAAGUGAAAAUGGUAAAAGUCCUAUUUUUGAAGAAGACACGCCUUCUGUAAUGGAAAUUGAGAUGGAAGAACUGGAUAAAUGGAUGAACAGUUUAAAAAAAAAUGCAGAAUGUGAUUUGCCUCCUGUAAAAGAAGAGAAAGAUUAUAACACCAACCCAAGUGACUGUGAAUCUUAAGAUAAAGAAGAAAUUAUGUGAAAUAAAGGAAGAAAAGCAGAAGUAACGUUGCUGAGUUCUGAGAUGCUGUGGAUAUGAAGUACCUUCAUCUCACCUGGUCAUGGAUCCCAGUUAGUUCUUUUCAUUUUUUCCUGAUGGUUUUGUUUUAUACAUUGAUAAAAUUCUGAAAGAUGGAAAUCCUGCAAUCAAUUUUUAACACUGUGAAUUUGAGGAAGCACGUGCAGAGAACGAUAUUCUUCCAGGUAUUUCCUCAGAGCACUUUGUUCUCUCUUUUGUUUGACACAAAUGAUAUAUUUUGUAAAGUUGCCUAUUACAGCAAUGCAUGUAAAUACAAUGGUACUGUGCUCUUCACACUGAAUUUUCUUGGUCUGGAAAGCAAAUGUCACUGUUCUGAAAUAUGAUCCUCGGCAUUGAUUUUGCUGAUGGUGAUGCCUCAUGAAGAUUUGUACAGAUGAGGGCAGCAGAAAUGAAGCUUGCAUAGAGAAUGUUGCACCAACAUUUCAAAUACUUCAGUGCAACCAGUAGAUUUGGAAUAAGCAGGUAACUAAUAGGAUUUGUUUAAAAGAAUUUUUGUGGAUAAUGUCAUUACAUCAUUUAGUCAUUAGAUAGUAAUGGCUUUAACUUUAUCUGGGAAGAAUCUAGAGUUUCCUGAAAUGCCUCGUUUCUUGACUGUAUGUUUUCUAAGCCUUUUAAUCACAGUUUUUCAUAGGGCAUAAAGUUUCAGUGCAAAUUUCAGCCAUGGAUCUGCUCAAUGUGUAAAAAUCAUCAAUGACACACAUUCCAAUAUCUCUAAGUGUAGUAUUUUUAAAAAAAUAGUUUUUGGUUAAAAACAAAACAUUUAGGAAUGGCACCAUAAUUAGAGUAUGCUGUGAUGGAGGAAACCCUGUCCAUGGUAAUUCACCAGCUGGCAUAACAUCUUCUUUCAAUCUGGGUAGAAAAACACACACAUGCCAAAACCAAAAUAAAACAAUUCAUCUUCUGCCUACUAAAAUACUAGAAAGUGGUAGGAUAUAGGAGAAGAGUAGCAGAACCUAGGGGUGGCAUUAAAAGAAGGAUCAGCAAACUAAGUCCAACCCCUCCUUGAAUUCUGUUGACCCUUAUUUAACUCAAAGCAGGUCUAAACAGUUGAGGAGAUCCUUGUGCAUAGGCAUGAUUAGCAAUAAAUCAGUUGAAAUCGACUUUCAUGUCUUGACCUGAUCUUUCGUGCCUGAUAUAGGAUAACUUUUGUUACAUUGUAGUACGUGCUCAACCCCUGUGCUCCAUAUAAAGUGCUCUGAGUGUUUUGUACUAAAAACUAACUUAAACAUAUUUACAACUUUAAAUGAAGGAUUUCCAAAUGUUUGCUAGUGGUGCUAGCAUAAUCUCUUUUGUUGCCUCAACAGCAGAUAUGAAAUAUCUCCCCUGCCUUUGGACUAUGACAUCCUCUGAAUAAAAAAGGACCUAUCAUGAUUGCAAAUGUCAAAUGCAAUCUAUAAAUAUAAAAAUGCCCAUGUUCCCUCUAGUUUAUAGGUGUUUUAUCAUACAGAUGUAAAUUCUUAUAUGAAUUCAUAUAUUUAACUCAGUUUUGUAUUUAUUAUGUAACUCAGUUAAAGAAACUAUAAAAUAUGGUGAAUCAGAAAUUUUUUAAAAAGACACGUGGUAUAGACUUGACUUUAUUCCUGGGAUCCACCUUCAUGUUACUCCUUGCAAUAUGACCCAAUAUAUAAAAGCCCAAAGAUACACUCUGUAGUUCACUUUUUUCCAUGCCUAAAUAUGAACUUGUGUCCAUCUAAUAUAGUUUGAUUAUGUUGAAUGGGAAUUUUGGUAGUUGUAGCCCUAAAUAAUCAAAUGAAAACAAACUGGAGAGACACUGACUUUCAAGAAGAGUGAAUCCUUAUUUUCACGAUAGAUAGCAUGCCUAUUAGGUCAAUCAAAUAUUUAUUCUCCUACUCAGAGUAUAACAAUAUUGGAUUAAGUAGAUUAAAGCCUUGAACAGUCAUAGGGUACAGUAGAUUAAUUGUGUAGGUUGUAUAAUAAAUUUGAUCUUUCCCAAAAUUCCUGAAUUAAAAAAAAUGAAACUUGACACAAGUUAUAUUUUGCUCUUACUUAGUUGAGACUCAGAAUUUGAAUUGACUAUCACUGCCAGGGAACAAUUUCUUAUUUAUCACAAUGCAUUUUUUCUCAGAAUCACAUUGGUCAAAAUGCAAUAGCAAAAUUGCUAUUAAUCUUGCAGGAAACAAUUCAGAAAUCCCCAAAGAGAUCACUAACAGGAUACUGGUACUAGAACUAGAAAACUUUUGCAUAGUCAUGGGCAACAUUCGGCCUUUGGAUUAUGUGCCAAUAGGCAUAUUUUAAAAAGUCCUGUCUCCAAGACAAAGAAAUAGAUCAAGGUUAGGCCAAAAGUUAAAUUAAAUGAAAUUAAAAUUUAAUUAUGAGUAAAAUGAUUACUUCCAAUGCAUUUAAUCAUUUUCCUUUCUAUCAUAUUAUAACUGGGCAAUAAUUUUUGGAAGAGCUCUGUACUUUACAUCAGUGCUAUUAGCAGUCUUAUGUAGUCUUGGACCAACAACUUUAAAAGAGGAAAAACAUAAUGAAACAUGAAUCUCCUGUCUACUGGUUAAAAAUGCCCAGUUGAUGGACUAAUGGAUUUGAAGUACUAAGAUCUAGAUUAAUACUCUCAGCCAUGACAUGUUAUUCACUGUAUGGCCCUGGAUAAUCAAAAUAAACCAUGUCUAUGCUAUAGAGUUUUAAUAAGGGCAAUGUAGCUUCAUUUUACUUUGGUUGCCAUGAACUUUGGGAAGGAAGAUGUAUAGUAAAUAAUUAUAAACAAAAUGGGGAAAUAAAAUGUUAAUGUAUGCAAGUCUAUACAUAAUCAGUUUUAUGUCACUUUCACACAAGAUUCUAUGUGGCUUACAAUUAUAAAAGUGUGAAAACAAUAAUUAAUUCAAAAUAUACCUUAAAAUAUGAUCAAUCCAAAGGCCUUGUGGGAAAGUACAUUUUAAAUAGACUUCCUAAAUAUUAGCAGGGUGGGAAUCAUUCUGACCUUGAGAAACAAACUGUUGUAGAAUGAAGGGAUUGCUCCUGGCUAGACUAUCCUCCAUGCCCUGGACUCAUGAUCUCUCAGGUUGGGUGGGCAGAUUCAACAUACAGUGGUACCUUGGUACUUAUCAUUAAUUGGUUCCAGGAGCUCAACGAGUACCAAAAACAAUGAGUACCAAACAGAUUUUUCCCAUAAAGAAUACAAUAAUGUAGUGAGUCACAAGGCAGCCGACACCAACAAGAUCUAGCUUGUGAGUUGAAUAUCAAACAUACUCGAGUACCAGGAUAAAUUUUUUGAUUAAAAUGCAUUGAGUACCAAAUCUGAUGAGUUUCAAAGAAGUUGGAUAUCAAGGUAUCACUGUACUGCAAAUCAUUCCAAAAAUAAUGAUGACUCAAGCUAUAAAAUAUUUAAUAAUUAACAACUACAGCAUAGACAAUGCUUUUAAAUAAGUUGACACAAAUCAGCAGGUGGAUAGUCACAUUCUGUGCCAAUUGUAGAUUCCAGAUCAUCUUCAAGAGGAGCCUUAGGUAAACUGCAGUAAUCAAUUAAGAGAUGACAAGGACAUCAGUCACCGUUUACAGAAUCUGUGAACUAUAUCUUUCACAGAAAUCCCAAGAGAGCAUGGCAUUACUGAAUUGUUUCUGUCAACUAUUAAACUAUACCAAUGAUUUACUCCCCAGAUCUUACAUACAGUACAUAUAUACAUAUAUGUAUAUACACAAAUGCCUCAACAAUAUUUUCAUUAAGAUAAAUGAAGCAUUCUUAACAAUCAUUCGAUAACAUUUGUAGAAGUCAUGUUAACUGUAGUAUAUUCAGUUAUUAUUUUUAUUUACAACUUGCAUUGUAAUUUUUUGGUAAAAAUGUUUUAUACUGUAAUCAUAUAUGUGUAAUAUAAAUAAGAAUAAAAUAUUGUUUUAUACAUA